AUGGGUUUAUUCACUUUGUUUAAACCUGCUAUUCCUCUAUUUCACGCGCUAUCGCUGAAAAAAAAAUAUAAAAAAAUUAGGUUGUGGACAACCCUCAGUGCGUCUGUCAUUCUUGUCAACAAGCAUAUCCUCAACACAUUCCCGUUCCCCAUGAUCCUUACUACUUGGCAUCUCGCCUUGUCUGCACUUGGAACGCAGGUCUUUGUACGAAAUAUUGCUAUCACCGACCAAUCACAAUCAGUGCCGAUAUCGAGUCGAAUUUACCUAUGCUAUAUCAUUCCUAUCGGCUUCCUUUUCAGCCUGAAUCUCAUUUUCAAUAAUAUCGCGCUCAUGUAUCUCAACGUGGCAUUCAUACAGAUGUUCAAGGUAGUCCCCCUCAUAUGGAUCAUGGGAAUGCCGCUAAUAGGAGACAAGUCUGUCGGUCCGGUUAUGGUACUAUUCGCUGGAUGGCUGGCUGGUUUAUACAUGAUCACAUUUAACACAUUUAUGGUCGUAUCUGUUAUAUGCUUCGGAGUGAUGAUCUCCUGCUACGGGGAGAUUCGCCUUGAUACCAAUGGCGUCUUCAUACAAUAUGCCGCUAUUGUCCUCGAGGCCGUUCGACUGACACUUAUGGAGAAAUUGCUCUCGCGCAACCAGAUCAGAAUGAACCCCCUUCUCUCCUUAUACUAUUUUGCCCCAAUAUGUGCCGCAUUUUGCCUCCUGUUUGCACUUAUUUUUGAAGGAUCAUCUUUUUCGCUGGACCAAGUUUACAAUACUGGGCUGUGGAUACUGCUCUGCAAUGGUGUGUUGGCCUUUCUGUUCAAUAUUUCCUCCGUGUUCCUGAUCAGCGAGACGUCUUCCCUUACUCUCGCUAUUUGUGGUGUACCGAAGGCCAUGAUGGCUAUUGUGGCAUCGAUAUGGUUCUGGCGGGAGACAGUCUCAGUGUUGCAAACAAUUGGUUUCUUUGUGGCAAGUAUAGGGGUGAUAAACUACUCGAUGUUAGAUGUUAAAUGGGACAAAGUCCAACCCGAUAUCUUGGAGCUAGAUGACGAGGACGAGGAGAGGAAUAACUUGGUAUAG